AUGAGCAAGGGGCAGCGACGAGCACUGGGCGGCGGUGAGCACCGGGAGAUAGUGGCUACAGCAGCAGCAGAAACAACAGCAGAAGUCGCAGUAGCAGCAGCGAGCACUGACAAACAGCAAGCAGGCAGCGGCAACAGCAGCAGCGAGCACUGGGAAGCGGCGACCAGGUGGAAGCAGCAGCAGCAGCAGCAGCAGCAGCAAACACCGGGAGACGGCGACCAGGCGGCGGCGGACACAGCAGAAGCAGCACCAGCAAGCACCGGGGACAAGGACCAGGCGACAGCAGCAGCAGCAGCAGCAGCAGCAGCAGCAGUAGUAGUGAGCACCGGGAGAUGGCGACCAGGCGGCGGCGGCAGCAGCAGCAACAGCAGCAGCGAGCACCGAGAGGUGGGGACCAGGGGUCGGAGGCUGCAGCAGCAGCAGCGAGCACUGGGAGGCGGCGACCAGGAGGUGGAGGAAGCAGCAGCUGCACCACCGACCAGGUGGCGGAGGUAG